CUCCUCUGUGGCUGUGGAGUCGCCUCGCAGCCGAGAGCAGCGAGCGCCCGGCUCGCAGUCCCGGCUUGGAACUGAACUGUCUGAGCGUGGUUCCCGGCCCCCCGGCCCAGGGGCGGCGAGCUCGGGUCUGAGCCCGAGGCUCACGCUGCGGUCAGCCUGCGAGGCCGAUUCCUCGCCGAGCCGGGAGCAGGGAGCCGGCGGGCGGGCCCGCGCCGCGUCCGGGCGAGUCGGGGAGCAGGACCGCGGAAGGCAGGGAGCCGGCCGCGAGCGGAGGGCAGAGGGCAGAGUGCAGAGAGCGGCCUGGCUUGGCCGAGGGCGCCGCCCGGCCGGAACCCAGCUCUCCGCCCCGGACGCCGGCCCGUCGUGGGGCGCGGACCCAGGGUGGCCACAAGUCCGCAGCGACUCCCCGGCCGACGGCGGGGGGCGUGCCCCCUCCCAGCCCAGCCGCCCCAGCCCCGCGCGCCGGUCCGCUGCGUCUCCGGGGCAUGUGAGCGGGAAGCCCGGGCUGCCAGCCGCCAGGACUCGGACGGAGGAGGAGCAGGAGCGCGGACCCGGAACCCCGAGCCCAGCGCCUGGCUGAGUAGAUGUCCAUGAGGAGUCCCGGAUCUGCCCAGCUGGCCCUGGAUGGCGCUGGCACCAUGGUGAACUGCACUGUCAAGUCAGAGGGGAAGAAAGAACUCUGCCAUGAGGCCCCCCAGGGAGCAACCGCCACAGCUGAACCCCAGCCUGGAGACUCAGCCCGGGCCCCCCAGGAUGGUGCAGAUCCCCAGGCUCCAGCUCAGGUGCCCAGCACUUUCCCAGGGGUUCUGGGACUGCAGUUCUCCAGAGAGCAGGGGCUCCCCAGAACCCAGGAGACCGGGAGGCUCUGAGGUGGCCUCUGGAAGCCAGGAGAAGCUGGACUUCAACCAAAAUUUGAAGGCAGUUGUACCUGCUAUCGAGAAGCUGCUGUCCAGUGACUGGAAGGAGAGGUUUCUGGGAAGGAGCUCUGUGGAAACCAAAGAUGUCAAAGGGACCCAGGAGAGCCUGGCAGAAAAGGAGCUCCAGCUUCUGGUCAUGAUCCACCAACUGUCCACCCUGCGGGACCAGCUCCUCACGGCCCACUCGGAGCAGAAGAACAUGGCCGCCAUGCUCUUUGAGAAGCAGCAGCAGCAGAUGGAACUGGCCCGGCAGCAGCAAGAGCAGAUUGCGAAGCAGCAGCAGCAGCUGAUUCAGCAGCAGCAUAAGAUCAACCUCCUUCAGCAGCAGAUACAGCAGGUCAACAUGCCUUACGUCAUGAUCCCGGCCUUCCCCCCCAGCCACCAGCCUCUGCCUGUCCCCCCUGACUCCCAGCUGGCUCUGCCCAUUCAGCCCAUCCCCUGCAAACCAGUGGAAUAUCCGCUGCAGUUGCUACACAGCCCCCCUGCCCCAGUGGUGAAGAGGCCGGGAGCCAUGGCUGGCCACCACCCCCUGCAGGAGCCCUCCCAGCCCCUGAACCUAACAGCCAAGCCCAAGGCCCCCGAGCUGCCCAACACCGCCAGCUCCCCCAGCCUGAAGAUGAGCAACUGUGGACCCCGCCCCCCCAGCCACGGGGCCCCCACGCGGGACCUGCAGUCCAGCCCUCCCAGCCUGCCUCUGGGCUUCCUUGGUGAAGGGGACGCAGUCACCAAAGCCAUCCAGGAUGCUCGCCAGCUGCUGCACAACCACACCGGGGCCUUGGAAAGCUCUCCCAACACCCCUUUCCGAAAGGACCUCAUCAGCCUUGACACCUCCCCCACCAAGGAGCGGCUGGAAGAGAACUGUGUGCACCCCCUGGAAGAGGCCAUGCUGGGCUGUGACAUGGACGGUUCCCGCCACUUCCCGGAGUCCCGGAACACCAGCCACAUCAAGAGGCCCAUGAACGCCUUUAUGGUGUGGGCCAAGGACGAGCGGAGAAAGAUCCUCCAAGCCUUCCCUGACAUGCACAACUCCAGCAUCAGCAAGAUCCUCGGCUCCCGCUGGAAGUCCAUGACCAACCAGGAGAAGCAGCCUUACUACGAGGAGCAGGCGAGGCUGAGCCGGCAGCACUUGGAGAAGUACCCCGACUACAAGUACAAGCCGCGGCCCAAGCGCACCUGCAUCGUGGAGGGCAAGCGGCUGCGGGUGGGCGAGUACAAGGCCCUGAUGAGGACCCGGCGCCAGGAUGCCCGCCAGAGCUACGUGGCCCCCCCGCAGGCUGGCCAGGUGCAGAUGAACACCUCUGACGUCCUGUGCCCGCGGGUGGCGGGCAUGCCCCUGGCACAGCCCCUCGUGGGGCACUACGUGCCCCGAAGCCUGGACCCCAACAUGCCUGUCAUUGUCAACACCUGCAGCCUCCGGGAGGAGGGCGAGGGCACAGAGGACCGGCACUCGGUGGCGGACGGCGAGAUGUACCGGUACAGUGAGGACGAGGACUCAGAGGGCGAGGAGAAGAGCGACGGGGAGCUGGUGGUGCUCACAGACUGACCCCGGCCACGCUGGCGGGCACGGCCGCCCACCCGGACUCCGUUGGUACUUGGACUUGGCGUGCUCCAGAGAUGGGCACGGCUGUGCACUGUAGAUACAUUGGAGGGGAGGGUGCCCUUCCCCGCCGCACGGAGGCGCACUUGAGGCGUUGGGGCUGGGGGGGCAGGGCCUGCGUGGCAGGGACGGCUGGCCGAGCUCCUUGGCCCUCGGGAGUCAUGGCUGGGGGCCCUGUCUGACACUUCUCCCUUGCAGGUGUGCCCACCCUGGGGGCCUAGCAGCUCUAGGCCUGUCCCCUGGGGUCACAUGCUUAGUCCUGGCACCAGCCACCAUGGGGCCAACACUCUCUGCCCCCACCCCCACCCCGCCCCAGUCCUCUAUCACCAAGAUCACUUUGUGCUUUGUGCAAAGAGGUCCCGCUGUCCUCUCUCUGUCUUCUGCCAAGCCCGUUGUGCCUCUGGCUGCUGCGUGUGUGCGUGUGUGUGAUCACAUGCACUCAUGUGCAUAUUCAUCUGUUCAUUCAUUGCACAAGAUAUUUAUUGAGUGCCCACUGUGUGCCAGACACCGUUGCUGAGUUCCUGUGGGCGUGUCCCUCGCUGCCACCCUUGCUUCUCUGGGGGCCUUUCUGUGCUUCUCUGUGUCCCCAAAUUGCUACCUCUUUGUCAGUCUGGGUGUCUCAAGUUCCGUGUGUCCUGUGUGCAUUUCUCUGUGGCCUUGUUUCUGCAGGGCCCUUUCUGUCUCCCCCUUUUCUUGGCUCCUGCUAACCCUUAAAUACCCGCUGCUCACUCUGGGUCUCUGUAGUCCCCGUGUCCACCCCUGGGCCCGCCAGCCCUCCCUACCACCCUCUCCCCGACUCUGCCAGUCGGUUCCCACAGAGCCAUUUUUAGCUUGGAGCAGCAUGGGAAUGCACUCGGCCUCCGAGGGGCUCUCUCUGUCCUGGUGACCCAGGCCUGGCCCCAACCUGAGUGCCAGGAGUGAGAACAGGAGGAGGGCACCCUCUCCUUGCCUGCUGAUGCCAGGUGCCCUGGAGAGUGGGGUGUUGGGGCAGCUGGUCUGCAUUCCUCCCACCACACAACAAGGGGGGGUGGGAGGGCUCCCCCUUCUUGGAAGGGCUUAGUGAAGACUCAGGCUUCCUCCCCUGCAACACCCCCACCUGUGGGGGAAGGGGGGGAAUUUGCCGCUAUCCCGAUCACAUAUACCAGUCAAUUGCCCUAAGAAAAUCAAAUCCCAUUGGCAUCUUGACUCCAAAGAUCCUGAACAGUCCUUGGGUCAGGGUGGAAAGGAAUCCCACGGGGGUGGGGGUGGGGCGGCGGGUGAGUGGGGCCUCGAUGCCUGGGCCCCCCCACUUUCUUCCCUCCCCAAGGCCCUACGACUUCUCUCCAGGCUGUUUCUUUUUUUAUGACUGUAAACAUAGAUAGUGCUUUAUUUUGUUAAUAAUAAGAUAAUGAUGAGUAACUUAACCAGCACAUUUCUCCUGUUUACACUCUGGGGACUUUUUU